CAUUGCGCUCUGGCUUUUUCACGAAUGCACACGCCCAUAGCAACACAAACAGCAGCGUCCUGUCAAAGAUGAGGCAGUCCAGACACUAGACAGACAUCAAAACAUUUGACAUAAAUAAUCCCCACAGGUUAUUGAGUUUAACAAACGAGCAGCAAUGCAAGCGGACGACGCCAGAUAUUUAAAACGGAAAUAUAAGGGUGGCACUUUAGAUGUUCACCCGACGGAAAAAGCACUGGUUGUCCAGUAUGAGGUGGAAGCCACUAUUCUGGGGGAGAUGGGAGACCCAAUGCUGGGAGAACGCAAGGAAUGCCAAAAAAUCAUCCGUCUGAAAAGCCUGAAUUCCAGCACGGAUAUCGCCUCUUUAGCACGGAAGGUCGUAGAGGAAUGUAGACUCAUUUCACCUUCCAGACUUGCUGAGGUGGAACAGUUAUUGUUCUACCUGCAGAACCGCAAGAAAACUUCUGAAAAGAAAGAGAAGAAACCGAUCAAGCCAAGAGACCUCACUCCUUUUGAAGGGAUGGAGCUGGAUGAGGAGGCCAACAUUAAUAGCAUAGAUGACUAUGUAGAGCUCCUUUAUGAGGACAUCCCUGAGAAGAUCAGAGGAGCUACACUCAUCCUCCACCUGGCCCGUAACCCAGACAACUUGGAGGAAUUGCUGCAGAAUGAGACAGUUCUGGGCGCGCUGGCCCGAGUCCUGAGGGAAGACUGGAAGCAUAGUGUUGAUUUGGCGACCACCAUCAUCUAUGUCUUCUUCUGCUUUUCCAGUUUUUCCCAGUUUCACGGCCUGAUCACUCACUACAAGAUCGGAGCACUGUGCAUGAGCAUAACUGAGCAUGAGCUGAAGCGAUAUGACUUAUGGCAGGACGAACUGCUGAAGAAAAAGAAGGCUGGUGACGAUGACCCAGAUAAUCAGAACCUGAAGAAGGAGUAUGAGAAAGCCCUGAAGAAGUACCAUGGACUUCUGACCAAACAGGAACAGCUUUUGAGAGUGGCUCUGUAUCUGCUGCUGAAUCUGUCUGAGGACACCCGCACAGAGCUGAAGAUGAGGAACAAGAAUAUUGUCCACCUGCUGGUUAAAACGCUGGACCGAGACAGUGAAGAGCUGCUGGUGCUGGUGGUGUCCUUCCUUAAGAAACUCAGUAUCUUCUUAGAGAAUAAGAAUGACAUGGCUGAGAUAGAUACAGUGGAGAAGCUGGCUAAACUGGUGCCCUGUGAACAUGAAGAUCUCCUGAAUGUCACUCUGCGUCUCCUUCUCAAUCUCUCCUUUGACACAAGUCUCCGCAGUAAGAUGGUGCAGGUGGGCCUUCUGCCCAAACUCACCUUGCUGCUAGGUGAUGAAGCACAGAGACAGAUCGCCAUGUGCAUUCUGUACCACAUCAGCAUGGAUGACCGUUUCAAGUCCAUGUUUGCCUACACCGACUGCAUUCCACAGGUAAUGAAAAUGUUGUUUGAUUGUGGUGAGGAGAGGAUUGACGCUGAGCUCAUUUCCUUCUGCAUCAACCUGGCUGCCAACAAGAGAAACGCCCAGAUCAUGUGUGAAGGUAAUGGUCUAAAGAUGCUUAUGAAGAGGGCACUGAAGCUAAAGGAUCCCCUAUUGAUGAAGAUGAUCCGAAAUGUAUCUCAGCAUGAUGGACCUUCUAAAAAUCUCUUCAUUGACUAUGUUGGAGACCUGGCGGCUCAGAUCGGAUUGAAGGAGGAGGAGGAGUUUGUGAUUGAGUGCUUGGGCACUCUCUCCAAUCUGACCAUUCCUGAUCUGGACUGGGAACUUGUGUUGAAGGAGUAUAACCUGGUACCUUACCUCAAAGACCACCUUAAACCAGGUUCUGCAGAGGAUGACCUCAUCCUGGAGGUGGUGAUCAUGAUUGGCACUGUCUCCAUGGACGACUCUUGCGCCGUAAUGUUGGCCAAGUCAGGCAUCAUUCCUGCUCUAAUAGAACUACUGAAUGCCCAGCAGGAGGAUGAUGAGUUUGUCUGUCAGAUUGUGUACGUCUUUUACCAGAUGGUGUUUCACCAGGCCACUCGAGAUGUCAUUAUAAAAGAAACACAGGCUCCAGCGUACCUCAUUGACUUGAUGCAUGACAAAAAUGCAGAAAUCCGAAAAGUGUGUGACAAUACGUUGGAUAUCAUUGCUGAGUAUGAUGUGGAGUGGGGCAAAAAGAUCCAGAGCGAGAAGUUCCGCUGGCACAACUCUCAGUGGCUGGAGAUGGUGGAGAACCGGCAGAUGGAUGAGGCAGAACCUUUUAUGUAUGGAGAUGAUGGAGAGCCUUUCAUCCAUAAUGGGGACAUCCUGGAACGGCCAGACCUCUUCUACAGUGCAGAUGGAAUAAUCUCAGCAGAUGGUGCUAUUAGUCCAGAGUUCUUCACAGACUUCCAAAAUGGAGACCUGUUAGGACCACAGGGUUUCCCCAGCAGUUCUUUGACCGACGGGUACGGACAGACGGGUAUGAAUCCAGCACGUCCUGCCACGGCUUAUGGCUUCCGACCAGAUGAGCAGUUUUAUUAUGGUUACACAGCAUCACGGUAGAACCCCCUGUGUCCUACAGCCUACUACAGCAAAAAAUGGAAACUCUUAAAAAAAAAAAAAAAAAAAAUUAAAAAGAUGAAAAAUGAUGUUAAAUAGGCCCCUCUGUCAUUUCAAGUGGAUAAAACACUACUGUUUUUCUUCAUAUUCAGUAUUUCUUCAUAAAUAUGAUAAGGGGGUAUUUAUUACAUUUCAAGUGACUCUUGGUUUGAAUGUGUUUUAAGCAGAAUGUUUUCAUUGUUUUAAUGAGGCCAGUAGCUAUAGGGAAGGUUUUACAACCCUCACUUUUAGCUUGGUUGUGUCGUUUCAUGUAUAUUUAAGCCUUUACUGUGUGUAAACACUGAAGAAAUUAAGGCUCAUUGCAUCACUUUCAGCCUCUUUUCUGUGCAAUAUUUUAAAAGUAGGGUAAAUUAGUUGCAUGAUAUCUCAGAGGUAUAGAUAACUUGUGAAUGAGUUACAGGAAUAGUUCACCCAAAAAUGAAAAUUGCCUCAUCAUUUACUCAUGCCAUCCCAGAUGUUUAUAACUUUCUUUCUUCUGCUGAACACAUACAAAGAUUUUUAGAAGAAUAUCUCAGCUCUGUAGGUCCAUACCAUGCAAGUGAAUGGUGGCCAGAACUCUGAAGCUCCUAAAAGCACAUAAAGCUAAGGAAACAUAUGCAAUCGACUACAUUUGUUAAAUCCAUGUCUUCAGAAGUGACAUGAUAGGUAUGGGUGAGGAAUAAAUCAAUAUUUAAGUCCUUUUUUACUAUAAAUGCCCACUUUCACCAGCCCUCCUUAGUGCUCUCUUCUCUGCUAAGAGUUCUUCUUCUUAUGUUUUUGCCGAUUAAAAUUGUUUGUGCAUAUCGCCAACUAUUGGGUAGAGAAUUUAUAGUAAAAAGGAAUUUAUGUCCAUUUUGGAGCUUUAAAGUUUUGGCCACCAUUCACUUGCAUUGACCAACAAAGUUGAGAUAUUCUUUUUAAAAUCUUCAUUUGUGUUCUGCAUAAGUAAGUAAGUCAUACACAUCUGGGAUAGCAUGAGGGUGAGUAAAUGAUGAGAGAAUUUUCAUUUUUGGCUGAACUAUCCCGCAUUGAAAACUCCAACUCAUUAAACUUUAAAACAUUACUGUCAGUUUAUCUGCAUGGCAGUGAAGUUGGUUCAGAUUCUUACAGCUUUUGGUAAGAAAAUAUUGUGUAACCUUAAAUGCAAAUCUGUAUCAAUAGUUAAUCAACAGUCCUUAGUUUCCUCCAAUUUUGCUCAAGUUUACAUAAAGCAACUGACAUAAGGGUACAUUUAAUGAUAGUGGUGCCCUCUUGUGGAUCCCAUGUGCAACAUAUAUGACGUAUUGAUUUAAUAUGUUCAAACACGUUUCAGACAUGGCUGCUGUCUUUAUACUUUAAAUACACAACAGCACAGGUCAAAAUAAUAAAACCGUAAUCUAACGGACACUCUUAAUACUUUUACUACUCGCUAAUGUAAAUGUGAAAAAGAAUGUUGCCCAUUACUUUGCCUUUGUUACUGUAGUACAAAUAUUUCUGUACAUCUCAGCUUCUGUGGUGCACUGCUAACUACAUAUGUAUUUUGUAAUGUAGCCAAACUCAAGUGUUCACUUAAAAUAUACUGAUUUCUUGAUGUAUAUUGAAGUAUUUAUGAAUUUCAUUGGUGCCUGGGAAUUGUCUUAACUACUGUUUUAUAUAAAAUGCCUUUUUAUUUAAUGUAGUGCAAUAUGAAAUACAAAUUUUGAUGUGCAAAAACC